AUGGCGGCGGCCUGGCCCAUCCCCCAGGCUCUGUUUAUGGUGCUAGUGAGCGCUGCUGUGGGACUCGAUCCGUGUCCAUCUCCCUGUAUCUGUACACAAGCUGCUGAUGGAACUAAAGUGCUGGACUGCAGUCGAAAAUCCUUACCUGAUCCUCUUCUGGAGAUCCCAGCGUGGAUCACUCAUGUGUCUCUGAAUCAUAAUGAGCUCUCCAGUGUUCCUUUUCUCGGAGACGCUACCUCAAACAUCACUGUGCUAUCUCUCGUUCAUAACCAGAUUUCUGAAGUGGUGGCCGAGCAGCUUCUGCCAUAUUCGGCUCUGGAGAGUCUGGAUCUGAGCUCCAACUCCAUCUCGGAACUGAAAGCUGGAUUGUUUCCUCCUAUGCAGCUCAAACACCUGAAUCUAAGUAACAACAAAAUCAGCUUGCUGGAACCUGGUUGUUUUAGCAACCUCACCUCUCUGCUGGUUCUGAAGAUAAACAGGAACCGGCUAACACUCCUCCCUGCUAAAGUCUUCACUCUCGCUCAGCUCCAAGUUCUGGAGUUGAAACGCAAUAAGAUCAGAGUGGUGGACAGUUUGAUCUUCAAAGAACUGGAGUCUCUGAAGUCUCUGAAGAUGCAGAGGAACAGCAUCACCAAGCUGAUGGACGGCGCUCUUUUUGGCCUUGACAAUAUGGAGGAAUUAGAGCUGGAGCACAACAACCUCACAGAGUUGAAUAAAGGUUGGCUGUACGGCCUCCACAUGCUCCGUCUGCUCCGGCUCACCCACAACAACAUCGGCCUUAUCCGAGCUGACUCCUGGGAAUUCUGCCACCGUCUGGAAGAGCUGGAUCUGUCCUAUAAUCAUCUCACUCGUCUGGAGGAUUGGGCUUUUUCUGGGCUUGGGAUGCUGCAGAGUCUCAACCUGGGAGAGAAUCGCAUCUCACAUCUGGGAGAGGGAGUUUUUAAUACCCUGUCAAAUGUCCGCACACUUGAUAUACGUAACAAUGACAUAUCUCUUGCUAUUGAGGAUUUAGUUGGUAUGUUUGUGGGCACGAAGAAGCUCAACACAUUGGUUCUUCAGAGGAACAAGAUCAGGACCAUUACUAAAAGGGCUUUUGAGGGAUUGGGAGAACUAGAACAUUUAGAUUUGAGCAACAACCGGAUCAUGUCUGUUCACCCUGAUGCCUUCUCCCAUUUAAAACUCAAAUCACUUGACCUAAACACCAGCAGUCUCCUGUGUGACUGCCAGCUAAAGUGGCUGAGUCAGUGGCUGAUUGACAACCACCUCCAGCAGUCGUGCAUCGCUGUGUGUGCACAUCCUGCUCCAUUGGCAGGCAGAAGUAUCUUCAAUGUCCAGCUGAAAGAAUUUGUGUGUAACGACUUUCCAAAGCCUCAGAUGAAUGGGAACCCCAGGACCGCGGUGACCCUUCGUGGAACCAACGUGACUCUGAACUGCUCUGCCUUCAGCAGCAGUGACUCCCCCAUGACGGCCUCCUGGAGGAAGGACAGAGAAGUUCUGUACGAAGCGUUGGUGCUGGACUACACCCGCUACCAGGAUCAGCAGCUUUACUUCACCAGUGUGCUUCACAUACUUGCUGUUAACUUUACAGAUGAGGGACAGUACCAGUGUGUGAUCUUCAACCACUUUGGAUCCAACUACUCCACUGAAGCCAAGCUCACGGUUAACGAGCUACCCUCCUUUCUAAAAACACCAAUGGAUCUUACUAUCCGCACGGGCACAGUGGCGCGGUUAGAAUGUGCAGCUGAGGGGCACCCGCCCCCCCAGAUUGCCUGGCAGAAGGACGGCGGCAUCAACUUUCCCGCUGCCCGUGAGAGAAGGAUGCAUGUCAUGCCGGAAGACGACACCUUUUUCAUUGCUAACGUGAAAGCAGAGGACAUGGGUGUGUACAGCUGCACGGCCAAAAAUGAGGCGGGCAGUCUGUCAGCCAAUGCCACGCUCACUGUGUUAGAGACCCCAUCGUUCCAGCGGCCGUUAGAGGAUCGCACCGUAGCACGCGGCGAGACUGCCGUUCUCCAGUGCAUAGCUCGUGGUAGCCCUGCGCCCCGCCUUAACUGGACUAAAGAAGAUGGCCUGUUGAUGUUAACGGAGCGUCACUUCUUCGCAGCGGCCAACCAACUGCUUAUUAUCGUGGAUGCCAGGCCUGCUGAUGCAGGAAAAUACACUUGCAGUAUGUCCAACACGCUGGGCACAGAGCGUGGCAACAUCUACCUCAGCGUCACACCCUCUUCCAACUGUGAACCAGGUGGCGGUGCCUACGACCAGGACGGUUGGACCACAGUGGGGAUUGUGGUCAUGGUGGUGGUGUGCUGUGUGGUGGGCACCUCGCUGGUUUGGGUUAUAGUCAUCUACCACAUGAGACGCAAGAGUGAGGACUAUAGCAUCACUAAUACAGAUGAGAUGAAUCUGCCAGCAGACAUUCCAAGUUACCUGUCAUCUCAGGGCACUCUGUCUGAACCUCAGGAGGGCUACAGUAACUCGGAGGCUGGCAGCCACCAGCAGCUCAUGCCUCCCCUGUCCAAUGGCUGUGCUCAUAAAGGAAAUGAUGCUGUAUGCUAUGGCGAGGUGGGUGGAGAAAUGGACCCAGAGACCAAUGGGAUGCUGGGUAAUCGUGUUGGGUCCUUGUUUGCUGGACGGAGCGGUUUCCUCCAGAGCGAAACCAGAGAUGGCCUGCCACAUAUGCCCAAUGGUGGCGCCGGCUCGCUGGUCAUCUGCUCAGAUUGCUAUGACAAUGCCAACAUCUACUCUCGCACACGUGACUACUGUCACUAUUCCUACCUGAGUGAGGAAGAUGCUCUAGAUGCCCAGCUGCCAAGGGACACAGGACAAGAGGGGCAGUACAAAGAUCCAACACUGCACAACCUGAUCGCUCAGAACAGUCCAGAGACACAACUCUGUGCCUCACAAUACUACGGAAGCAACGAUAUUCCAGAAAGCUCUUUUUGGAGUGGAGUGGAACCUCAUUCCUUGGAGCUGCCCCAGGGCUCAGUGACUGUACACAAGCCCCCAACAGGUCUCAAUGGCACCAUCCAUGAGGAAAGGAGAGGGGGACUAGACGAAGCCUCUUACAGGACUAACUCGCAGGAUCAAAACCCACCUAACACAUAGAGCCUGAGCAGCACCAAGUGUUUAUGCCCUGCACAAUGUGCCCUUCAAUCCCACUACCUCCUCUGAGAAAACUCGCUCUCUGCCAAAUUAUAUAUAUAUAUAUAAGUAAGCGCCUCCUGUUGUGUGUUUACAUUCCAUCCCAUCCUCACAUUGGAUCUCGGUAGAGUGUGUGUUUCUGGUGAGAAUCUCUUCAGCGAGGACAUGGUGAAUAAGACCUUCUGGCUGAUUCUUUAAACACUAAUCAUUCAUUAAAGCUGAGGCCCUUGUAAGAAAAUGUUUUAGCAUUGCUCACCAUGCCUUUAUUCUUUGACUUUUCCACCUACUUCGGAGAGUUGGAGUUCUCACGGGAAUGCCAAAGCAUUGAGCCAGCCAGUUCCAUGCCGCCCUGGCUCUGAAAACGAGCGCGCGCAGAGACAAGGUGGGAAAUAAGUCCACACAUUCAGGCCCGGGGUGGCGGACCCUUCUGUGUUGGUACAAAUCAGUACCUGUACAGUAUGUACGGGUAGGUGAAUACACUAAUUGAACAAUCUGAUGCUGUCAGGAAGACAAAGGUCCUUUCUGCAUUACUCUUUCCUAGUAAUCACGUUGAUUAGAAUGUUUAUCCCGAGGUGUGGAAGAAUAUUCCUUUUGUUCCUUCCUAAUAUUGUGAGCUGAAAUUACAGUGUAUGUUAAUAGUUUUUUUGCUGUUGUUUGUUUAAUGCUGUUCACAAAGCCAAAUAUACUCUGGGGCUGUCCGAAAACCUAGUGAGCUGCCUUGCUGCCUACUCCCUAUCUAGGCAGCUGCCGAAGUUGAGAGGAUUCUAAUAAGUCAUCAAACUUAUAAGGCAGAUUGUUCAGACACACUGCUUAGAGAGUAAUUAUGUCACCGCAGUUUUCGCUUACUAAGCUAACACUGUUACACUGUGUGGCACACCCAGGUAGCAUGCCAGCUAACAUUUCCCACUUUGUACCAAAAACAGUUAAAUUGUCGCUGACAAAUCCGAAUUUGCAAAUA